CCUGUGAUUAUUCAGUGUCCCCUGCUGCAGAGCGUCUGAGGUAUAUUUUAGGAGAUGAUGAAGACGCCAUGCCCACGCCCACCCUCUUCACCGAGAUGGAUACGCUCCAACACGAGGGAGACGAGCUGGAAUGGAGGGAGUCAGCCAGGUGGGUGAAGUUCGAGGAGAAGGUUGAAGAGGGCGGUGAGCGCUGGAGCAAGCCGCACGUCUCCACGUUGUCUCUGCACAGCCUGUUCGAGCUGCGCACAUGUCUGCAGACCGGCGUGGUGCUGCUGGACCUGGACGGAUAUUCUUUGCCACAGAUUGUCGACGACAUCAUCGAACACCACAUCGAGGAGGGCAUGGUCAAUCCAGAGCUGAGGGAUAAGAUCAGCUUUGUGCUGUUGAGGAAACACAGACACCAGACCAAGAAACCCAUCCACCGCUCACUAGCUGACAUCGGCAAAGGCAGCUCCGCCCCCAGUCGUAGUCCAGCCCGGAGUCCAGCAGCUGCUGCCAACUUCAAUCGCUCCACAGAGGAUCUGAACAGCAAACAUGCAGGAAGCUACGGCCGUCUUCGUCACGCCCAGAGCAGAAGUAUGAACGAUAUUGCAGACACACCAAGCACUGACCAGCUAAAGAACAAGUUCAUGAAAAAGAUCCCCAGGGAUGCAGAGGCCUCUAACGUGCUUGUUGGUGAGGUGGACUUCCUUGACAAACCCUUUGUGGCCUUUGUACGACUUGCACAAGCCACAACACUAGGAGGCCUGACUGAGGUUCCAGUGCCCACCAGGUUUUUGUUUGUGCUUUUGGGCCCUCCUGGCAAAGGCAAGUCCUACAAUGAAAUUGGCCGUGCUAUUGCCACACUUAUGGUGGAUGAUCUCUUUAGUGAUGUGGCAUAUAAGGCCCGGGAUCGAGAGGACCUGAUUGCAGGCAUCGAUGAGUUCUUGGAUGAGGUGACUGUGCUUCCACCUGGCGAGUGGGACCCCAAAAUUCGCAUUGAACCACCCAAAAAAGUGCCAUCUGCUGACAAGAGAAAGUCUGUGUUCUCUCUGAAUGAGCUGGGCCAGAUGAAUGGCACUGCGGGAGCCGGGGGAGGUAUUGCAGAGGACGAGGAGAUGCCUGUGCCACAUGAGCUCGGUGAAGAGCUGGCAUACACGGGUAGAUUCUGCGGAGGUCUGUUCCUGGACAUCAAGAGGAAAAUACCCUGGUAUCCCAGUGACUUUUAUGAGGGUUUUCACAUCCAAUCGGUCUCAGCCGUGCUCUUUAUAUAUCUGGGCUGCAUUACCAAUGCAAUUACCUUUGGUGGCCUGCUGGGAGACGCAACAGACAAUUACCAGGGAGUAAUGGAGAGUUUCUUGGGUACAGCCUUAGCGGGCACAGUCUUCUGCCUUUUUGGCGGUCAGCCCCUCAUCAUCCUCAGCUCUACUGGACCCAUCCUCAUCUUUGAGAAGCUGCUCUAUGACUUCUGCAUGAGCAGUAGCAUGGACUACAUGGAGCUAAGGCUGUGGAUUGGCAUACACUCGUGUAUCCAGUGCUUCUUGCUGGUGGCCACCGAUGCCAGUUACAUCAUCAAAUACAUGACCCGCUUCACCGAGGAGGGCUUCUCCAGCCUCAUCUCCUUCAUCUUCAUCUCAGAUGCCAUUAAGAAGAUGGCUGGGUCCUUCAGCUACUACGCCAUCAACACUGACUUUGAACCCGACUUCAUCACCUCCUACAAGUGUGAAUGUGUCGCGCCAGACAUGAUGGCUUCACUGCUCUUUGGUGCUGUAGUUCCAGUGCCCGAUAAUACGUCUGCUCUCUUUGGUAUGAAUAUAACAGCUCUUGAUUGGAGUCAGCUAAGCAAGAAAGAGUGUCUCAAAUAUGGCGGCCAGCUGGUGGGAAGCUCCUGCAAGUUCAUCCCAGAUUUAGCGCUCAUGUCCUUUAUCUUAUUUUUUGGCACAUACUCCAUGACUGUGUCGCUGAAGAAGUUCAAGUUCAGCCGUUACUUUCCUACUAAGAUCAGGAAGCUCAUCAGUGACUUCUCCAUCUUUAUGUCCAUUAUGACAUUUGUGGGUUUGGACAUGCUCAUGGGGCUGAAGACUCCUAAACUGAUCGUGCCGACUGAGUUCAAGCCCACACGUCCGGACCGGGGCUGGAUUGUCAUGCCCUUUGGGAAGAACCCGUGGUGGGUUUAUCUGGCUAGCUUCAUGCCUGCUCUCCUCGUCACCAUCCUUUUAUUCAUGGACCAGCAGAUCAGUGCCGUCAUCGUCAACAGGAAAGACAACAAACUGAAGAAAGGGUGUGGGUACCAUCUGGACUUGUUCUGGGUGGGUAUCCUGAUUGUCGCUUGCUCUUUCAUGGGCCUGCCAUGGUACGUAGCCGCUACAGUUAUCUCUAUCGCUCACAUUGACUCGCUAAAAAUGGAGUCCGAGUCCAACGCCCCAGGAGAACAGCCACAGUUUCUGGGCGUGAGGGAACAGCGACUGACAGGAAUCCUGGUCUUUGUCCUAACCGGAGUCUCCAUCUUCCUCGCCCCAAUUCUACAGUUUAUCCCAAUGCCUGUGCUCUACGGGGUCUUCCUCUAUAUGGGUGUUGCUUCUCUUGGGGGCAUCCAGUUCUGGGACAGGAUCAAGUUGUUCCUGAUGCCAGCGAAGCACCAGCCAGACUACACGUACCUGCGCCAUGUUCCACUCAGGAGAGUUCAUCUGUUUACACUGCUGCAGGUCGUCUGCCUUACCGUCCUCUGGAUCCUCAAAUCCACCUUCCUUGCCAUCAUCUUCCCCGUCAUGAUCCUGGGCCUCAUGCUGGUGCGCAAGAUGCUCGACAUGGUGUUCUCUCAGCACGACCUGGCCUGGCUUGACGAUCUCCUCCCUGGGAAGGAGGAGAAGAAGAAGGACGAUAAGAAGAAGGAUGGAAUAAAGAAGGAAAAGAAGAAGGUCAGAAGAGGAGAGGAGAGUGAGGAUGAGGAGAAGUUCCACCCAUACUCUGACUGUGCUCCGGCAGACUUGGACGUGGACCGCAGAGUUGGUGCCACACCGCUGACCCUUGACCUUUUACCUCAUCCUCACUCUCAUAACGGGACGUUGCCACUGCGCAGCAUCACCCUGCACUUGAAGAUCUCGUGCCCGUCAUCACCAGCGACACCCAUCACCCGAGGAGUGUCGUGUCCAGUGCCGCAGGUGAAGAUCGAGAUGGAGUCCGAGUAUGACGACACCGACACGGAGCACAGAUACAGGAACCAGGACAGCAGCGAGACCACCCUUUAAUCUCGCUUUUGUUUAACAAUUGUCUUUUUGACUUGAGGUUCAGAAUCAAACUGUUUCAUGUUUAAAAGCUGCACAAACCCAGAAGAGGGCAAGGAAGCUUAAAUGCCAAGAUGGUGCAAAGAGAAAAAAAAAAUAGAUCUCUGGAUGGAAAGGAACCUUUUCUGAAAGGGAAAAUUUAUAAUAGUACCUUUAAU